GUGAUUUGUUGCCGACACGUAUUUAUAGCGACAUCUGCAACACAGGGCUCACAAAAAUCCAAGUGCAAACAAUGGCAAGGGUAACUUCUAGGAUGCCCGCCACGGGGUCUCAAUCAGUCACUGAAUUUCAAGAGAAGGUCUACGCGCUACUUCUGCAGAUCCCCAAAGGCCGCGUAACCACAUACGGCGCUAUUGCUCGGGCUCUCAAUACUUCUCCCCGGGCUGUGGGCAACGCUUUGCGCAAUAAUCCAUUUGCGCCCGAAGUUCCCUGUCAUAGAUGCGUCGGGAGCACUGGAUUUAUAACAGGAUUUGACGGUGAGAGCAUCGAUAAGAAAAGUUUUAAGCGAUCAAAAGAUGGGCUUGUUCAAGGAGCCUCACACCACAGCAAACCUCGAGGACCCAAAAUAUCACCAGCGCAGCCUGCAGGGACCAAGCUGAGCUUAAAGAUACAAAUCUUGAACGACGAGGGCGUCUUAGUCGACAACAAGGGCAUGGUUAUGAACCGCCAAAAGGUGUUGUGGGAUGGACCUUGGGACGUGAGCGCGCCGAAAUACGCCUUUCGAUCGAUGAUAUCAUAUAAUGGCAUUGCUAACGCUAUUAUUUGCCCCAAAAAAAAUACCUAUCUUUAACGUACCGAACGUAUUCCAAUAGGUACUACAUAAUGCAUCAGUCAUCAAAUACCCACUAUAAGCUAG